AUGGCGCCGUGGCAAGAGCAAGUCAAGGUUGCCCUCGAGGCCCGGGAAAAGUCAACCCCAAAGCAGUGGCUACUGCCAGAGGACAAGCUGCCUCCGAAAACACAGCAAAACGUCGUGGACGUGCCCAGAACGUCAGGGAUCUUGACAGAGGAGGAGGUCGAGAUCACGGAGCAGGACGUGCCUCAGCUGCUGGAAGCAUAUCGCACCAAGAAGUGGACAGUGAGACAGGUUGUGACGGCCUUUCUGAAGAAGUCUGUCAUUAUUCACCAGCUGACCAACUUCGUCACCGAGUUCCUCGCCGACGAGGCCCUCCAGCGCGCAGACGACCUGGACACCCACCUAGCCACCCAAGGAAGCCUCUCGGGCCCGCUCCACGGGAUCCCCGUCUCCGUCAAGGAGCAGCUCUCCCUGGCAAACCACAUCAACCACGGCGGCUUCGUCGCCCUCAUCGCCAACCCCGCGCCCGCCCAGGACGCCCACCUCGCCCGCCUCUUCCGCCAGGCCGGCGCCGUCCUCAUCACCCGCACCAACAUCCCCCAGAGCCUGAUGCACCUGGACUGCGAGAACAACAUCCUCGGCCGCACCCUCAACCCGCGCCACCUGCUGCUGUCGCCAGGUGGCUCCUCGGGCGGCGAGGGCGUGAGCAUCGGCGCCCGCUGUGCUGCCCUGGGUAUCGGCACCGAUAUUGGCGGCAGCGUGCGCAUCCCCGCUGCGUUUAAUGCUUGUUAUGGCCUGCGGCCUACGGCGCUGCGCGUGCCUGUGCUCGGGCAGACGGGCGUCUCGCUGGGCCAGGAGAGCAUUCGUGGCGUGGCGGGCCCGCUGGCCCAUAGUGUGGAAGGGCUGGAGAUCUGGAUGAGGAGUGUGCUGGAGCAGGAGCCUUGGGAGUAUGAGACGAGCUUGAUGCCUGUGCCUUGGAGGAAGGAUGUGAAGCUUGGGAAGGGGGAGUUUGUCGUGGGUGUCUUGUGGGAUGAUGGCAUCGUCAAGCCUCAUCCUCCAAUACUACGAGCCUUGAAACAUGCAGUCUCGAGGCUCAAAGAAGCCGGCGUCAAGGUGGUGGACUGGGAACCUUACGAUCACCAGCGCGGCUGGGAUGUUCUCGCUCCUUUAUACUUCCCAGACGGAGGUCAGCGCUGGCUCACCGCCAUGUCCAACACAGGCGAACCCAUCCUCCCUCUAACCCAACAUGCCCUGGACUUCUCCAUCAGCACAGGCAAGACCCCGCUGACCAUCCCCGACAACUGGGACCUCAACGUCGCCCGCGAGACUUACCGGCGCGAGCACCACCUGCUCAUGAAGACCCGCGGUGUGGACUUCAUCUUGUGUCCUGUGUACCCUGGCGCAGGUGUUCUACAGGGCCAGCCUCGGUAUUGGGGGUAUACGAGUAUCUGGAACAUCCUGGAUCUUCCGGCGGCUGUCUUGCCGAGUGGGCUGGCGUGUGACAAGGUCGUGGAUGGGAAGGAUGAAGGGUUCAAGGCGAUGAAUGAGAAGGACGAGGAGGAGCAGAAGGCUUAUGACCCGGAGUUGUUCCACGGCUUCCCCAUUGCUCUGCAGCUCGUCGGCAAGAGGUUCAGAGACGAGGAUGUUCUUGCUGCCGCAAAGGUUUUGGACGACGCCCUCAAGAGCAAGAAGUAA